GGCUGACUGUGUGGACAGAAAGGCUGAAGAUGGGCUCUCGUCCCUGGGAUCGGAGCUCAGGUCAGCCCUGGAGUGCCGCUAGCUCUUUGUGGGGCUGGACUGUGGCGAGGUUGCAGCUGGAGUGGACUUCAAGGUGAGUCACAUAUUGUCAUAUUAAAUUUUAACCAUCUCCAUCAUCUUUGUUUUUGUUUUUUGAUAUAUAAGAUUAUGUUUUGAUACAGUUCUUGACAAGAUUCCAACUAAACCAACUAAAAAUGAAAAAAAAAAUUCUUUUCAGGUUUUUUCAGGAGGAUGAAGAGAUGCUGAUUCUGACCCACAGUGACGAGUUAAACAAAACCUACAGUGAGGACAGCCAAGUGCUUUUUGACAACACAACAAACCGAAAUAAUUCAAGUUCUGACAAUGCCGGAACAACCAGAUCACCUCAAGGACAAAACAGCUUCUCUCUUAAUGAACAAGAUAAUCUCACUUUGAAAGAGAGACCAGAUCCUUCCCUGAGGGGAUACACCAGAACCAUGUGCCAGGAUAGUCCGACAUUUAAAGAAGCCAGAACCACAGUCGUAUCCUCUGGACUCAGAACUCUUACUGUUACCUCGGCUGUCCCCUCUGCAGACUCUCAAAAGUUUAAAAAAAGUUACGGCAGGAGAAAGAGGUCUGCUGCUGAGAUGGAGGCGGAUGAGGUCGGGAGCAGAAAGGACAAGAACUCCAGUUUCAUCCAGAACCAGCCUGAUAAGAGGAGAUCCUACAGACUGGUGAAAGAGCAAAACAGAGACAAAAGCAUGGCGGGUACCUCAAAGUUUUGUGUCAGCCUUGAGGAAGAGACAGCACAGAUAAGUUUGGCUCAUCCAGCAGAGAGGUCAAGUCAUAGCAUCUCAGGUGUGAAUCCUGGUCCCACUAUCACUGCCUGGGAGGCCGGCUGGAAUGUCACAAAUGCAAUACAGGUACAAACUGGUGGUCUGAAACCUUUUCCAGAUAAAACAUGAGGAAAAAAGAUGAUCAACCAUAGACCUAAAAUUUCAGUAUUUAUAUCAGGAUCAAAAAAAUGUUUUUUAUUCUUGUGGUUUUUUUUCUCAUAACUAAAUUUGAAGCCUAUUUCUUGUUAUGGCCAUUUAUUAAUGGACACAUAUAAUCCGAAUGCUUUUUGAAACACCAUUCUACCAUCAUCGCCAACAGAUUUUUCAAAUGUCUUUAACCUCUCCUUUUUCAGCAGUUUUGGUCUUUUUUUUAUUUUCCGUGCUUUUCUGCUUAUUGAUACGUCCAUAGACUGUAUAUAGAAUGGAUGCCAUCUGCCUCCUCGCUGGGUGAAGCCACCCGAGAACAACACCCUCUGGUGACAGGCUGCAGUAUAGGUCAGAAACCCCACCUCCUCCAGCAAUCCUUAUGGAGCUGUGGACCAACUUUAGAAAUUAAUUACACAGAAUAUAAAUUUUUAUCCCCCCUGCUUGUGAUGUUUACAUGUAGUUACUGUAAGACUGGUUUGUGCUCAAGUCCUUUUUUUUUCUGUGCAGCCCCAUUUUUAAAUGUUAAAAGGGGGUUCAUGUUUUCUAUGAUUGACACUUGGUACAGCCUAUGGGCAUAUGAAGAUUACGUAGCUCACCCGGGGGAUACGCUGUUUGAGCCGAGCGUCAUCACAGCGAUACAAUGCUACUGCACAAGUGGAGGAAGAGACAAAAAUCCCAGAAACACAGACAGCAAUUUAGCUUCAAAUUCGGAGAAUGAUGAAAGGCGGAGCCAAGUUGUCCAUAGUAUAUACAGUCUAUGGAUCAUAGACUUUAUAUAGAAUGGACAGAGUCUGCCUCCUUGCUGGGUGAAGCCAGUCCGAGAACAGCACCCUCUGUUGAUGGGCUGCAGUAUAGGUCAUAAAUCCCGCCUCCGCCAGCAAAGCUUAUGGGGCUGUGGACAAACUUUAGAAAUUAAUUACACAGAAUAUAAAUUUUUCUCCCCCCUGCUUGUGAUGUUGACAUGUAGUUAUUGUAAGACUGGUAUUUAGCUCACCUGGGGGAUACGCUGUUUGAGCCGAGCGUCAUCACAGUGACUCUCGGCAACUGCUCUGCCGAAUGCGCGCAUCGCUACUGCGCAGCGCUGGUUUCAGGAAAUGAAGAAAAAUCCCGGAAAUACCGAGAGCUUUUUGGCUUCAAAUCUGUAUACAGGCGGUACCAAGUUGUCCAUAGUAUAUAUAGUCUAUGCUAUGGAUACACCAGAGUUAGUUUACACUAAUAGAAACCUUACUUCUCCUUUUCUCCAGGACUUAACGUCUUUAUUCUGUCCAGUAUCUCUCUGAAGAUGAAUGAACAAAGUACAUGUCCAUUGUUUAGUUGCCAAGCUCUGCACACUCAAAAAAGCACUUAACCUUGCAGAAAUUUAAAUCUGCCCUUGUUGUGUUUUAAUAUUACCAAACAAUCCUUUGUGGCCUUCGGAUAUUUUUACAAUCAGAUAUAUAAAAGAAAAGCCUCCGUACAGUCACUGAGUUUUCUUGUGGCACUAAUGCUAAUAGCUUAUUGUGCCGUAAAUGCAGUCAUAUUCAACUUCUGCGCUCAUAUAAAUGUGUUCUUUCACUGUACUGUAAUUGAACAGCACCUCUGCGUCUGUGGAGAACAUAAUGACAUUAGGGCAUCGUUAUAGUGAAUGCAUGCAUACACAUAAGCACAGAGACACUGGCACGUACACGUUCCUUUAGGAGUUACAUCAAACAUUUCUGCAUCAGAUUUUCUGCAACACACACGGGAUUUCACCAAGCACUGUUUUUAGUUCAUAAAUAAAUAUACAGAGAGAGCAACAUAUUUAGUAGAUAAGCAAGUGUUUUAUGUGCAGGAUUUAUUGAUGUGAUGCACAUCUAUCUAUCUAUCUGGGUGCCAGCCAGCGCUAUAUUUUCAAGUUCUCACUAGAGACAGAGUGUUUGUGUGCCAGAAACUGUCUCUGAUGAAAACAGAGACUUCAACGUAUUCCAUACAGUUGAUCUAAACUCUCCCAUCACAUAUAUGGUUUUUAUUUAUCAGUACUUGCAGCUAUUUUAGAAUUAAUCUGGCUUUAACUCAACACUUUUGUUCCCAUGUUUCAGUAAUUUUUCUACAGCAUACCAUUUUUUUUAACUUUACAGAGGCCUCUCUCCUUGGCUCUUGACUUGGUUAAUGUUUUGUAGGUUAUUCAUUACCUGCAGCACUCUGUAAUCAGGAACCUUAACCAAAUGGAUUGCUCAUUAAUCCCCGCAGACGGGGUCACACCGAGGUUAAGUUAAGGUGACUUCAUGGGGAGGAAAAGAGAUUUUUAUUAGAGGUGAUGUUGCUGUAAGUGUUAAAAACCUCAGACAGUCAUGGAUAAUGCAAGGAAAAGAGGAAGAAUUUGGGGUUUUAAUCAGACGUGAGCACCAAUCAGAACGGGGAUGACACAACCAUUUGCAAAGGGCCUAACAGAUGUCCCAAUAAUGAAAAAAAGAACAGCAGCUUUAUUUCCUAUCAAGGCUAAAAAGAAAAAUAUGUAUUUUCCGGUGGUGGUUUAUUGAUGCCAGAAUAACUGACUGUCUGCCAGCUUAAUACAGUUUUUAUUAGAGAGCAAGUGUGCUGCCAAAAACACACACAAAAAUAAAUAAAUUUUCAAAAGCUCCAGCUCUCAAGGCUUUCUAACUUGGGACUAUCAUGGGACUCAGUUUUAAUUCCAACCUGACUCUUAAUGAGGCAGCGCCACUGUGUUUGUCUUCAUCACAGAUUAGAGAUGUGCAGCUUUUGUUUCCCCAGAAAAAAACUGAUGGUAGGUUCACUGGCUAUGAUUAUCGGCUCUCUGAGUGACACUUUAUCUUAAACUGGGAUUAAAACUCCACAUCUCAAGUUCUAAAUUGGGUUUUUAAAUCCAAUCAGAAGGCCUGAGGGAAAUGAAGUGUCCCUAUUUUGUUUUUGGAAAGAUUGCUGUCAAAAGUUAUUUAGUUUACAUCACAGCCAAAUACAGACCCUGCAGGGGAAGUGAGGCUGGAUGAAAGCGUCUGCAGGUUAGAGCAGCUUUACUGUCAUCUUCACCAGGAAUUUAGUAGAUAACCUGCUUUUUCAUCACCGUUAUUAUCCUCACCUUUAUUGUCUUUGCCAUGAUCAUCUUCAUGUGGGAUAUCACCAAAGGGUACCCUGAUGAUGUCACUGGGUGAGCACAACCUCUGCUCAAUGAUGAACUUCUAUUACAGAGAGCCUGCUUUGCAAAUUGGAACUGUGAUUGGCUGUUCAAAAUCCCAAGUAAUCAUGAUAACAAUCUGCAUUUCAUACAGGCACUCAAAGAUCUCCCGAGAGUCUGCAUGAGACACGGGGACUUGAAAUGAAAACCCCUCAGCUGCUAUAUUCAAUACUCAGAGCAACCAUCAGCAUACAGAGACAGAUCAAGUCACUGUGAUUGUUGGAUUGAUGUAAUGUAUUUGUCAAACAAUGCUGGCCAGGGUGCCUUACCUCAGGAGAUAGAGGUCUAAGUCUGGUGUGACUAAAAGUUACACAAAAGUUUACGCACUGUUGUAUAUAUUUAACGCCGGAAUUGGGCAAUAUGUACAACAAAGCUUUAUAUUAUGUUAAAGAAAUGGCCUUUUUAAACUAUUACCAGAGCAAAUAGUCACAGUUAGUGAGACUUUUCACUGUUAAGUGACAAUAUAAUGGGGUUUUGCCUGAAAACACUGCCUUUGCAUGUACAGGAGGUAUAACAAAAAAGGUGUCCCUGUCUGCACACAGGGGGCACCAGAAUGGAUAUAAAGUAAACAUUCUUCAAAGUAGCUGUAAAUUGAUGCAAACUCAGUCCAGUUUCGAGGUUUUAUUGUGUUGAAAAGUACUGGAGCUUUUUAAAAGGAACAAAUCCAUAAUCCUAAUUUUCAUCAAAAGCAGUCAUGACGAGUGAAAACAGAGAGAAAGGGACAGAAAUGGUGCUUGACUGACACACAGACAAAGUUGAGAGAGCAAGCAUGUUCCUGUAAAGAAAGAGGAAAAUCACAGAAACAACGCAAUGUUUUCUGAUUGUUUCAUUUACACUCUUAACACACAACCCACAAACAUGCAGGCAGGUGCUGGGUUUAGUUUGCUGGCAGAUGAAAUUGUACUCUUCCCUGACAGUGGAGUGUGUGUCUCUGCUCUGCUCUCCAUCACAGCCCCUAAAAACGGCACACACUCAAGUCUCAUUGAGUGUCCUUGCCCAAUUACAAGUCAAGAUUCAAACCUUGAUUGGGGAAAUUUAUUCUCAAUGCACAUAACUGUCCCAUAAAGGGUGAGAAGUUUCAGAUUUUGUUAAAAGGAGGACUGAUACAGACAUUACAGUACAAAACAAAUCUUGGAGGACCCUACACAUGUUAGAGCGCAAGCUUGCAGCAACUGUAGUGUGUUAAAAAACUUUCUGUAACACAUUACAACAAUGAUGCUGUGACCUUGGUGGAAAUGCACAAAGAACCAUUUCUUCUUUUUUCAAAAGUUGCAGUCUGCUCAGUUCACACUCUUAAAAACGGCGAUAGAGGUUUUUCUAUCUUAAGAAAUAAAACAACUUUGAUGAAGGUAAUAGCACAACUUUUGGCGUGGUACAAAAAACUGGUGUGCAGAUACAUUUAUCCAUCACUAUUGGUGCACACCAUAGACUGUAUAUAGAAUGGACACCAUCUGCCUCCUCGCUGGGUGAAGCCACCCCGAGAACAGCACCCUCUGGUGACAAGCUGCAGUAUAGGUCAGAAACCCCACCUCCUCCAGCAAUCCUUAUGGAGUUGUGGACAAACUUUAGAAAUUAAUUACGCAGAAUAUAAAUUUUUCUCCCCCCUGGUUGCGAUGUUGACAUGUAGUUACUGUAAGACUGGUUUGUGCUCAAGUCCUUCUUUUUUCUGUGCAGCUCCAUUUUUAAAAGUUAUUAGAGGGUUCAUGUUUUCUAUGAUUGACACUUGAUACAGCCUGUGGGCAUACGAAGAUUGCAUAGCUCACCCAGGGGUUACGCUGUUUGAGCCAAGCGACUCUCAGCAACUCUCUAUGCGUUCCACGCUACUGCGCAAGUGAGGCUUCCAGGAAGUGGAGAAAAUACUGAAUAUACAGAGAGCAAUUCGACUUUAAAUUCAUAUAAUGAUGGAAGGCGGAGCCAAGUUGUCCAAAGUAUAUGUCUAUGGUGCACACCUGCAUAAGAUACUGUGUAUGACCUUGGGGGCCAGCAGUUGAAAUCUGGUACCUGAGAAGUCCAGACAGGAGCGGUGAAUGUGUUUUCUGCCUGGUGGCUGAUACUGAGCAUGCAUUGGGAAGGUUUGAAACAGGGCAUACUGUAUGUGCUGGGUCAACAUUACCUGUAUAAACAGAUUUCAAAGGUGUCAGAUUAUAGCAGCACAGAGCUGAAAGGAAUAAUCAUGGAUUUUUUCCUGCCUUUAUUCUACCUGUUCGUGGUUGCUUCAGGAAUAAGCUGGCAGAAUAACACAGAAAAAGAGAGAGAUGAAAUCAGAUACUGGAGCGUCAGAUUUCUCUCAAACUGCUGCUUUCAUCCCCAGCAGCUCCAUUUGAACAUCAAAGCUUUAUCAGCAUAUGCCUGACAGACACCAGUUACUAAAUAACCACUUGAAAGCCAGAGAAUGUGUCUGUUUAUGCAUCCACAAUAUGUGCUCCUCUGACUGUAUCUCCAUGUUCCAACAUCCCAAACACAGCAGCUCCAUCAAAGCAGCUUCAUGUCUCCUCUGAUCUCCACUCGUCCUGCGCCUCUCCCCCCUUCAACCUCCUGUUCUCAAGCCGCACCUACACUUCUCCUCUUUUCCUGUAUCCUCUCCUUUUCUUGCUUUUUCCGCCUCUCUCCCCUCUCCUCUUCUUCUCCUUUUCUCUCUGGCAGUUGCUUUAGUUUUCUCUUGGUGAAGGGCCAAAGCUUGACUCUUCUCCUCCUCCUCCUCCUCCUCCUCCUCCUCCUUCUGCUCCUGCUGGUCUCCUGCAUCCUCGAACUCUCCGGGCAUCAGGCCAAAACUCCUCUCGCCUCCUCAUCUUCCAACCAUGAACACUCCUUUCUUCUCUCUCCUUCUCAUUCAGUGUUCAGUGUCUUUCCAUAUUUUGUUCCCUCUUGCCUAAUGAAUUUAAAGAGUUUUAUUUUUAACAUUUUCAGGGUUUAUUUCUCUCUAACUUGCAAAACAAGGCCUGUCAGUGUAUUACAGUUUUAAUACAGCAAUGCCUGGGUACUACAUAGUAUCUGCGCUGAUUUUUAGGGAUUGACACAACACAGUUAAAGCAAAAAUAGUGAUAGUUUGAAAAAGAAUUGUUGUCAUUCUAUCUAAAUUUUUUCUUUUCCCACAAAAUUUUCCCUCUUUGGCUACACAUACAACAUACUUAACAUCAUUGUGACGCAAAUUUUGCAUCUUUUACAAAUGAGUGACAGAUUGCAGGCUAAAUUUACAGAUUUUGAUAUCGCAUAUUUAUGCCUUAUGCCUUCAUUCAUCUUCUUAAAGUUUAUUAAUAAUGGAAAGAAGAUGCUUUAUAAAAGAUAUUAACUCAUUGUAAAUUUGAUGCUAGCAACAGAUUUCAAAUGCAUGUGCUAUACUAGCUCCUUUGAGGAGUUUUUUGAUGUCUAUUUGUGAUGUGUCAGUCGUGAACGAACCGGUUCAAAGAGCUGGCUCCCAUCUGAAAGUCUUGGGUUUUUUUGCCCUUUUUUUCUCUCUUUUUUCCCCCCAACAGACCAUAGAAACGAUCUACAAGGUAGAAUGAGGGGAUGACGGGUGCUCCAUGCGUGCAGUAGAUGACUGUCACGUGCAUGCUGUGUGCAAACAAUCAUUCUAGGAUACCCCAAGCAGAGGGGAUAAUUCCGAUCACUCAAAUCUAUGAAACACACUUUAUUUUGAUGCUGUUUUAUGAUAUAGACAAGCAAACAGGCACAUUGGCGAUAAGUUUAACAACUUUAAUGUUGUAUUUUUUGAUGCCUCAAAUCAGUGCGAGGGGGUAGUUGCUAGCCAAGUACCUACAGAAACAGCUUUGUUUUUACAAUUACCUAAUGAAAUAUUUGCAUUACAUGAUACUUUUGUCUGUAAGAAGUCAGCAGGAUGUUCAUUUUUGUCUGAUGACAUGAAUUCAACAUAUGAAGGUAGACAAGAUAAGCAAAGACUGCUUUGUCCACGGCGGGGGGGCCACUUGAUAGAGACCGAAAGUUCUGACUGACUUAAGGCUCACAGGAGCCUUAAGUCAGGAUUAUCUUUCAUGAGAAGUACAUUACGACUGUAGACAGUAUAAAACAUUCAUACUGUCACACUGGGGUAAUCUGUUGGCAUUGUGUUGCCACAAAAAUAGUUGUCGCGAUGUUGGAAACGCUACUCAACCCAGCUUGGUUACUUCAAUAAAGGCAAAGUGGUGAAGCUGAGACCUUCUUACAAACAGCAGCCACAUCAUGACCGAAUUUGUUAAAAAAAAAAAAAAAAAAAACUCAACCUUUUGCUAUGCUCUGUCUGUCUUCCUGUAGGGUAUCUUUGUGUUGGGUUUACCCUUUGCUUUGGUUCGAUCGGGGUAUGUGGGUCUUGUUGUGCUGGUCCUGUCUGCCUGGGUUUGUAACCACACAGGGAGAAUCUUGGUGGCCUGUCUGUAUGAAGAGACGCAGAGGUAAAGAUUUUAUCAUAUACAUCCAUUCAAUAAAAUGUUUUGUGUGUCAGUGCUCUCUUCCAUGUUUCCGGCUUUAUUUCUCACUUGAGCCAGACUCAUAUUCAUUUUUCCAUUUAGACCCCUCUUGGUAACCCACCUGUAUAAGAACACAUAAAAAACAGACUUUAAAACACAGAAUAUGCAUGUUUUGUCUUCAGCUAAAAAGAAUGAUAAUGUGUUGUUUGGUAAAACUGUGGCUUGCUUUGGUCUUGUAUGCCUGCAGGUUUGAGUCCAAUUUAAUUCUGAUUUAAAUUACUUCCACGGUGCUGGGUUUGAUUUGAAUGUUUUUGCCAGCUGUGAGAAAACACCUUGUUUGAAUGAUUUACAACAUUUUUCUGGGCAAAGAUUAUUCUUUUUAGAGUUGCCUCUUGUUUGUGUUUAGCAGUUUUAAGACAAAAUACUGUACUUCUAAAAACAAUUAAAAUCUUGAAUCAGGCACAUCUAUCACAGUCGGAAAAUGUUUGUUUCUUUCAGCGGAGGGUCUGAUUGCAGGUCGCAGGUCAGAGUGCGACACAGCUACCAGGACAUAGUGGAGGCCUGCUGUAAAGGACUGUGGCCCAACUGGCCUGGACUGUGGGGACUCAUGGUUAAUGCAGCUCAGGUAACACACACAUAAAUGUACCUUCAGCAUUACACUGGGUUGAAGAAGUAAACAGAGUCACCGAUGCUGCCCAGUCAGCGUGAAACCAUUGGUGGAAGACUGCUUCACAGUGUGGCAUCUUGCUCACCACCGUCUUUUGGAGCCUGAAUUUGCCACAUUCAUUAAGAUUCACUUUUGCCACUCUGACCAAAGUGACAAGUUGCUAUUGAAGUGACUCUUCAGCUGCAAAGUAGCCAAGCCUUUGGAAAAUGUAGAGUUUGGUCAAAAUGAAACCAAAUUUCACAAAAGCUGCUCUAUAGCAAAUGCCAUCGGUUUGAUCUGCACCUCUUCAAAAAUGUAUGCACUCAACAAAAACACAGGCUCCUUGCUCUGUGACUGGUGUGCUGGUAUCGCCGCUAACCUCCAUGCUUGUCUCCCCUCCUCUCUCAUUUGCAAAAUUGACAUAUAAACUCCAACUCUAACAUGAAAGACUCAAAUUCAGUCGCCUCAUUUUCUGUAGAACAAAUAGAUGAAUAAAUAAAAUUACAAUAUGACGAGAAUAGAAAUCACACUGCUGUGUUUAAGAAGAGGACUGCAGAGCUGUAAGGGCACUUCAAUACAGAAAUAAACAGUACUCAUGACACUAACUACAGUAUGGCAAUGGUGUAGAGUUAGCAUACACAAGGCUUCACUCAGCACCAUUGACUAGAAAUAAAGCUUGAAAACUUUUCUCUACCUCUUAAAGCCAAAAAACCUCCACUUUUAAUUCUCAGAGAAAGAAAACAGACAUACAUCAAUAUGAUAAGAGCUAGCUUAGCUGGUAUCUGUCUGCACAUGUCUCAAAUUUAAGUCUUUAGACUCGAUUUUUGGGACAAGUGAAACAGUCUUUCCUGGUUUGAAUUAAGAAUCUUAAUUUGAAACUUUCGUGGGGCACUUCCAGCUCUUAAGUUAUUUGUCUGAAUUCUAUUCACAUCCAGAGAAAAAUCAAUAGAUGAUUACCUGGCUGUCUGACCUGCUUACCUGCACACACUUGGGGUCAUCUGUUGUUUGUUCGGUGAGUUUUAAAUGCCUUCAUUGUGCGUGACAGAGUCUUCCACAAUCAAGUUGGCUAGAUUACACAAUUAUCGAGACAGACUACUUUUACUUUUAAGGGUAAGUGACUUUGGCUUCAUGAUUUCGAUAUCAUAGAAACUAGCCUAAAGUCUCUUUCUGUAUCCUGUUUUCUCCUCAAGGUGGUUGAACUGGUGAUGACCUGCACCCUGUACCUCGUCGUCUCCACCAGCCUGCUGUCUGACAGUCUAUCGUGGAUGGCUGUCCCUCAAUCAGUGUGUUCUCUGGUGUCUCUGUUCUUCCUGCUGCCCUGCCUGCUGCUGACUGAUCUUAGACCAGUCUCCACCCUCAGCCUGCUGUGCUCUCUGGCUCACAUACUGAUCAGGUGAUCUGACUGAGUUCUCACAGCAGUCAAUUUAGAGACCUUAAAGCAUCAGCUGACAUCCGUACCUUCUAUAUUAAGUCUAGACAACAAGGCGUUAUGUAUAAUCUGCUCUCAUUCACACUCUUUUGAUCACUGUGCAGCUGUUGUUAGUCUCACUGUCUGCUCCCACCUGCUUGACAUCAAUGCUUCUGUGUGUUUAAUUUAUUUCUCAUGCAAGGUGUCUGGCCUUAGAUGAGCAGAACAGGGGCUGGUUCUUUAGGCUUUUAAAAAGGGGGAUCUGGGCCUUUAUCUAUUUUCUGCUGAGGAGCAUAAGCUGAUCCAGGGUUUCUCAGUGACUCCCAAAUCAACAGUUUCAGAAACUGGUGACCCAGCACCUCAGGACAACCAUUUAAAGGCCAUUCUGACAACAGACACUGGAACAACACAGUCUGAAGGCCAGGGCACAGUACUUUCCUGAUAUUGAGGGGGCAUUUUAAUGAGAUGAUAUCAGAGUUCAGAAUACACAUCCCUAAAAGGAGAGGAAACUUUAACCUGAUAUAGUAAAGUUAAAUGGUUAUAGAGACAGAGGGCUCAGAGACACCACUAUUUUACCCUUGUUUCCACACACAAUGAUCCAACAUAGUUCUUGUGACAGAGCAGCACCAUGACUGACUGUGGAUUGCGCAUGGACAGGCUGACGCAAACACACAUUUCUCUCAGUGGCAAAUCACCCAGGAAACACCAGGAUCACCCCUUCUGUCCAAAUAAGGAAGCAGAACAUGUUAUUUCCACAUAAAUUGGUGGUAGAUGACUUAAGAGCGUUUAUGUUUAUUUUUUGUUGUUAUUUAUCCCUUAACAUUAACACUCUGGUUUGGGGGUUUUAAAGGGUUAAAAUCCCUUUUUUUUAAACAAAGAGAAAAUAUGUUUUGUGACAAAUUUUAUUGAAUUAACAACAGCCAGUGGGAGGGGCUCCAGAGUUUAAAGGAGCGAUGCUGUUUUUUUCUGAGUUUUCCAGUCAGUCUUGAUUCAGCUGCACUAAUUCUAACGACUCAAACUGAUUUUCGAAUGCAGCAACUUUUUUGUACAUUGCAUAGUUUUGCACCACAUCUUUUGCACCUACAUUGUGCGCCACAGUGUAGGUGUAGCAAACAGCUAAGACUUACUUAAUGCCAUGUGCUUCAGACUUUGUGUUUAAAAUAGUUUAAUUCGUGCUCGAAGGCUACAACGGGGAAACCUGCAAAACUUAGUCGGCAUAGUUAAUGCUUACCAGAGCACUAUUCAUGGUAAGAUGGUCUUUAAAGACUAAUGAAUUGAAAUGAAAGCUUCACUGACACUGCUCACCCAGCUGAUGUUUCAGGUCUCUCUGCCCAAUAUUAACAUAUACAAAUUACAUUCACUACUUAUUCUUGAUUGCGGUCAUUUUCUAUUUUCCUUUUCUUGUCAUUUAUGAUCCUUUUCCAGCCUGUUAGUCAUGCUGUACUGUCUAAGCCGAGCCAGCAGCUGGUCCUGGUCCUCUCUGUCCCUCUCUGUGAACCCAGAGGACUUCCUGGUCUCUGUAGGGGUCAUCAUCUUCUCCUACACUUCGCAGAUCUUCCUCCCUCCUUUAGAGGGCAGUAUGGAGGACAGGGGGCAGUUUAACACCAUGCUGGGGUGGACCCAUGGAGCUGCCUGCAUCAUGAAAACAACGUUCUCUUCACUGGUCAGUGACAUCUUUAACAUUGCAACCACUGCUCCGGUUGUUUUAUUGGGGGGGGGGGGGGGUAAAAUCUGGACAAAUUUCAGGGCUGUAUUUAUAGCCACUCAUUCUUUUUAUUUAAUCCUGACAUCUGUCUGUCAAGAGUUAAUCAAGGGAUUGAAGGAUGGAGUGAUUGAUUCAUUGAUGGAAUUGAUUGCUUUCUUCUUUCAUUAGGCUGUGCUGACCUGGGGGGCCGAGACCAGUGAGGUCAUCACAGACAACCUGCCCUCUGACCUCCGACCUCUCGUCAACCUGUGUCUGCUGGCUAAAGCCCUGCUGUCCUACCCUCUGCCAUUCUACUCUGCAGCUGAGAUCCUCCAAACAUGUCUGCUCAGAGGUAACAUUGAGCUGCUCUCUAGUCAAAUCACUGACCUUAUCUUGUAUACAUCCUCAUACAUUAGACAGGCUUCCUUCAGGCAAUUUAUUACAGAAAGAACAGUUUGCUCCCAUGAAACAAAGUCAUGGUUUGAUGGUAAAGACUGACUGAAGAUUAACAAUUUAGAAGUCACAUUGAUUGACUUCACAGGAAGCUGCCAUUUUGUGGUCUUUCUAGAAAGAGCAGUCGCCUGUAGAAAGGAGGUUUUACAUGGAUGGACAAUAAAGUGGUCAGUAGAAGUAAAGUGUGUUAAAGCUUUUGUUUUUCACAGUAACAGUGUGUGCAUAUGUGGUAAAAACACUCCAAGGCGCUCUUAAUGAGGAGAUGCUCUCAUCCUUUCUGGUUUUGUAAGAUUCCUGAAACUUGGACUUCAGUACAAACGUAUCUGUUCCUGUCCUGUGUAAUUUUUGUGUGUGCACAUGGCAUUGCAGCCUGUGCUUUUAUAUUCUCAUCCCUAAAUUAAAACUGACAGGGACAUGGCAUUCAUCAAUGUAAGAACAGAGACGGGAACAAAUCUGAUGUCUAAACUACAGGUUCAUGAGCCUGCCACAGAAACCUCAAAGAAAAUGUUGGUGAAUAAGUCCUGAUUGUGAACACAUAGGGCCUGAUCUGCUAAAGGUUUGCGUGUACAAAAACAUUGUCAGAACAUGCAAAAUACUGGGAGGAGCAGAUGCAAAUGAAAUCAUUUAGCACCUACAAUGUGAUUUAUCAAACCUAAAACUGAUUGCGGUCGCUGUUUUGCGUCUAUAAUUAGCAUGUUUGAAAGGCACGGGCAAACAGGCACAGCAUUACGCAUGGUCAUUGUGGAGAGAAGAAGGCAGAAGAGCAAUAAUAGAACACAGAGAGAGAGAGUCUUUCGUGCGUGUGUCAGCAUAUUUGGAUGGUAAGACAUAAAAAUAGUAGAGUAAUAGUAAUAAUAAUAGUAAUGCUGGGUGACCUAAGGGCUGAUUUGGAGCCAGUCACAAAAAUGAUCCAUGUCAUAUCUCCUGUUGAAAAACUCCUUGUAAUCUGACAAAGUAAAACAACUUAAGUCAUUUGUCAUCUAGUUACAUUUAAAUGGAGGAAUACGUGUGUGUUUACUGUCAACACAUGUGGCACAGAGGCUGAACUUUUGUGGUUAUUUACAGUCAAUAGAGCUGAGAUCAUGAGAUUACAGGAUGAUGUCAUUCAGUUUUACGAUGAUAAUUUCUACAGGGUCAGCCCAAACAAAUAUAAACAUAAUAGUCUAAAUAAAAGAUGUUAAUGUGCAGAAUCGGUUUUGGCUAAAGUAACACAAAAAUAAGGACAUGACAAACCCUACACCCUUUAUUUAAAACCCAAUUUUCACUUAUUGUCAUUACUAAUCAAUAGUUUCUUGUAUCAGCUCAUUAAAGUGAUCUCAUCUUAGCAAGUGCUAAACAAAUGUUGGUUGCACAGUCAACAAAUCCCGCUGAUGAUUUUAAACUCUUGUUUACCCUUUCCACAUCUCCUCACUCAUCUCUUCACAGAUGAUGUCAUCUUAUCAUACUUUAAGCUCGCAGGUCACAGUGUGUCACGCCAAGCCCUGUUGGUCCGUGGAGCCUUGCUGAUGACAUCAUACCUGCUGGCCCUGUUAGUUCCUAGGUUCUCCUUGCUGAUGGGUUUGACAGGCAGUGUGACCGGAGCAGCCAUGACACUCAUCCUGCCCUGCCUGUUCCAUCUCCGUCUGCAGUGGAGCCGCCUCACUGUGACAGAGAGGAUGGUGGAUAUGUUCAUACUGAGCAUGGGGGUUGUUUGUAGUGUAUCUGGUCUGAUCUGCUCACUGAGGAGACUGCUGGAAGGACUGUAGAUGGAUGGAUGGAUGGAUGGAUGGAUGGAUGGAUGGAUGGAUGGAUGGAUGGAUGGAUGGAUGGAUGGAUGGUGAAAUAAAUGGAGGGAUGAAUGAAUGGAUGGGUUAGUGCAGAUGGAUAGAUGGAUGGAUAGGAUGGAUUAUGGAUGGAUGGAUUCUUUGUUGCAUAAAUGGGUGGAAGGAUAGUGCAGAUGGAUGGAUGGAUGGAUGGAUGGAUUCUUUGUUGCAUGAAUAGGUGGAAAGAUAAUGCAGAUGGAUGGAUUUUGAAAGAAUGAUGAAAGAAUGGGUAGAUUGAUGAAAUGGAUAAAUUAAUGGAUAAUGCAAGAAAAAGACUAAUAUGUAAACGAGCAUGAUAGAUGUACAGUCAGAUAGGUGGAUAUUUUUCUUAAAAAGUUACUUUUGAAAAGGAACAUUGUCCUCAAACUAGAUUAAAAAAAAAAACACUCCUACCAUCAUAUUGAAGAUGACAUAUUCUGUCAUGUCAUCUGUGCAGUUAAAUCUGUUAGCCACUGUGAUAAAAUAUCACACACUGUGUCAUGUGAAGUGACAGAUAGGAAUUAGUCAUCACAAAAAAGGUACAUCAGAUUUAUGUCUCUUUAAGCUUCUUAUGAAUUUCACUUAUCACCUUAGGGCGAGUUUGUCACAAUCCUUUUUAAACAACUUCAAAAAAAAAAAAAUCCUGUUAUGUAUGCUGUCUUGGUAGUGGGCUAAAGAAAUCCAAAUUAACAGAGUUCCUGUUUGUUUUCUUGUUAUUGUGGUUGCACUGGUUGAUGAAAGAGGAUUGUCACAAAGUUGGUUCAAACUUUAACAAAGGCUUUUGUUUAAGUGGAGCGUGGGUUUUUUGUUACAGAUGCUGUAAUUCAAAAUUGAAGCAGGAGAAGUGCUAAAAAAAAGAAAGAGCUCCAGUCUUUGAUGUUGCUACAGGAAGACAAGAUAAUCAUGGUUAUUAGUGGAGCACACUGUGAAAAAUGUUGGAA